AUGAGAUUUGGAAAUAAUCAACAAGUCCGAGAUUUGAAGAAGGAGAUAGCUGAAUUAGUCGACAAGGAAAACAGACUUUGGUUCCAAAGAUCUAAAGUCUUGUGGGAAAAAUUUGGAGACAGAAACUCAAAGUACUUUCAUAGCCAUGCUUCACAAAGAAAGAGGAAAAAUCUAAUCCGGAAGUUGAAGGACUCCAAUGGUCGUGUGGUUGAGAACAAUGAAGGCAUAGCUGGAUCUUUUGAGUCUCUACACAGUAUGCAGAAAUACACAGAGAAGGAAGGAUAUAUGGCCAUCAAGCUAGACAUGAGCAAAGCGUAUAACGGAGUGGAGUGGUCCUAUCUACAAUCAGUCAUGGAAAAAAUGGGGUUCACAGAGCACUGGAUCAAUCUCAUGAUGCUAUGUGUCAGAACUAUGACCUACUCAAUAUUGGUGAAUGGAGAACCCAAGGGCAUGAUCACACCAUCUAGGGGCAUCAGAUAG